AUGAGUUCACUAACUUCAAGGUAUUUAAGGCGAACCUUACGUUCUACACUCAUUUCGCGAAAUUUUACUGCGUCUGCACCUGUGAAAGACUCGGUUCAAAAUUUAUAUAUAAAAAUACUAAAGUCUUAUACGCCUACUGGAGAGAAAACUGGUUCGGAGGUUGGCCAAGUAAAAGAAUUGAUUUUGCCCACUGCCCCUCAGCCACCAACAGUCGAUACAAGUGUUUCUUCAGAAUUGUUAUCUUCUUAUGAAGCUGAAGAUUUGCCACCACCUGAAGUCGUUCUUGCAACUGAAUCAUUAGAAAAACGAUUUAUAGAUAAUUCUACUGCACACGCUUAUUAA